CAGAUGAAUAUCAGAACUAUGCAGUAUUAAAAUCAAAUAUAAUUCGUACUGACCAGGGUACCAGGGUGGGCACGGAGCUGUGAGAGCUGUGAGGGCUUGUGGUGGAGAGGAGAUGGCGAGGACGCAUUUCGGAUGACUGACGACUCCAUUGUCCAGUAGUCACUAUGAUAGCAACAGGCGGGCUCCUGAGAAUCUCUCGCCGGCAGGAUUCACUGCGUGCCAAGAACCGGGCAGAGAACAAGCGCCGAAGGAAAGCCAGAAAGAAGAUAAAGAACAAUGUGGUGGUAGUCAAGGGCAAGCUGAAGCUGCUUUCUGUCUCUGGAAUUGUCGCCGCAAUUGGUCUGUUCGUCUUAGUGGUGGGCAUAGCCAUGGCUGUCCUGGGCUACUGGCCGAAAAAGAACUCGAUGCGUCCAGUCUUAGUGAUAGAGAAGCAGCUCAUGAAAAAGGCUUCCAACCACACUAGCAAUAACAAACUCUGGGUCCAAAUGCAGUGGAAUACAAGCAAUAUUGUGAGUAACUUCACAGAGCCUGAUUUCCAACCCGUCGGAUUCUUUAAAGGACUGUUCUUCUCGUACUUGCAAUCGGACAACCUUAAAGUGUUUGGUCCACUAGUCAUGGGCAUCGGGAUCUUCCUGUUUAUAUGUGCCAAUGCUGUGCUUCAUGAAAACCGUGACAAGAAAACCAAAAUUAUAGACCUACGAGAUAUUUACUCCACAGUCAUAGACAUCCACAGCAUACGCUCCAAAGGACGCUCCCCAUUUAAUGGGCUGCUUGGAUGCACGCAGGCCAGAGAAGUAGAUCCUAAAUCUGCCAUUCAUAAUGCAGCCAUGCCUUCCAGAGGCUCCUGGCCCUCGACUCUCUCAUGUAAAGAAAGAGAUUCCAGUAGGAAGUUCAGCUUGUCCAGAGAAAGGCAAACGUUAACUGAGACAAUUUACAGCAUUUGCAAAGACCAGACCAACCUUAAAGAGACAAUUCCGCUUUCCAGUGAGUGGGAAGCUUGCUCUAUAGUGACCUCAUCGGUCAGUGCUUUCACCCUGCCUGUAAUUAAGCUCAACAACCAUGAAAUGGAAGUGAAAGUGGAACGGGAGGAGAACCAAGGCGUUCCUUGCAAUCAGGUGCUGCCAUCACAGUCCCAGAAUGCUGAAGAACAUCUUAAUACUGCCAAACAGACUAAAGCUGAUGUAUCAAGUGCAGGUCUGUCAGCAUCACAGGAUUCUGAGGUUUUGGGUGAAUCUCAAUUGGCAUCCAGUUUGUGCCAGCAGCAGCUUCUACCUGCCAGUCCUGGCUUUAAGAUUUUAGGAUCCCACCUGUCUUUAAAUGCCCUUUCUGACCUAAGCAUUGGGCAUCAUGAAGAGAAGUCUCGCAGGUUUAGCUGCCCAAGGCUGGACCGGUUGGGUAGUAAGGGCUAUAUUAAACUGGCAGCACUAGGAGGAGACUCAUUUGAAACUCCAGAUGGGGCACCUGAAACAGGUGCGGUGGGACCUGAGCAGAAAGAAACAAAGAUUAAUGAAAAUGCUUGUAGUGAACACACACUUUCCUGUAACUCUGUCAGAUCACUGCACACAGAAUCUACCCUGUCAAACUCUGAUGUAAAUGUAGACCUGAAAGUAAAUCUUUAAAAAAAGCAGGUUUGAGCUUGUCUAGCUCAAGCGUCAAAACAACAUAGUUUUAAAUUGAGAUAAAAUAACAUUUGUAGCCUGUCUAAUGUUCUAAAGAUCUAAAGAUUUUGUACAGGCCAAAUGUUCGUACUAAUGUACUUUAAUAGUAAGUGCUAGGCUGGACCCACAGUUCAGCUUUUAAUGGGAUCAGUACUCAUUCUGUGUGAUUUUGCUGUAUUGAAAUAAG